CCAAUUUUCAAAAAAAAAAGAAUCAAUGACGUCGCACUUGAAAUACAUCACGCUCUCUAUUUUGCUGUGCGUGGGCUGAGUGCAAAAAUAUAUUCGCACUUUGAUUGCUGGUCAUUGGACGAUGUUAUUGCCACUACACAAGAGUCAAAAGAAAGUCGUCUUGGCUUCGGCUUCACCACGACGACGUGAGAUUUUAUCAGAUUUGGUAAACUAUCGAAAAGGAAUAUCGGACCAGAACAAAUGACAAGUCGCACUCAUGGCAUGCAUGACUCGUCUCAUUGAUAGGGCAUUCCUUUUGAAGUGGUAACUACUUUCGAAGAUGACGCAAAUAACCCGCUUGCCUAUGCCAGCCCGUCUGAUUAUGUUGCAGAUACGGCCUUAAUGAAAGCCCGCGAAGUUUUCGAACGUUGUCAGGAUGAUGCUACUUUGCCUGAUGCGGAUAUUGUGAUCGGCGCAGAUACUGUGGUUGUCAUGGACAACGAUGUAUUGGAGAAACCGCGAGAUGAGGCGCAUGCAUUGGCCAUGCUCCAACGUUUGAGCGGUCAGACACACCAAGUAUUCACAGGUGUUCACAUUAUAUACAAGUCCGACUCUGAGGUCAAGCAAACGGGUUUUGUCGAGUGCACUCGGGUCAAGUUCUCCGAGAUUGACUCAGAUACCAUGGCUGCAUAUAUUGCGAGCGGUGAGCCAUUUGGCAAAGCAGGUAGUUACGGCAUUCAAGGCACGGCAUCUCUGUUUGUGGAAUGGAUUCACGGCGAUUAUUGGAAUGUGGUAUGUCGUUGGCUUACCUAAAAGCCGACUUUAUCAUCAAUUGAAGCAGCUGAUGGUUUAAAAAAUGGACCACAUGAACCUUCCAUUUGGGUACACAUCAAGAUAAGAAAGAUCAGCUAGCCGUGAAUAAGCGAUUUCAACACUUCAUCCACCCUGUUGAUGGGACCUGCUACAGAACACAAGAAAUGGGGUGAAGCAUCACAAGUGCUACCAUCCGAAUAAAGUGUGCUAAGAAUAAAGGGAAGAUAGGGUGGCACAAUGAUCGCUUUUGAAGUUGUUUGUUCGCUAUACCAUAAAUGAUCAAAGGGAGCCAAAUCGAAAAAUGAGAACAUGUG